GCACCAGGAGUAUAUAUAUGGCUCUGGUGAGGAGUAGGACCUCACACAGCCACUGAAGCUCUUUGUCUGAAGACAGCAGCUCAUCACAUCACAGCACCACAGAAGAAGAGAUGGCCCUGAUCAGAGCCCCUAUUAUUGUGCUGCUCGUGCUCCUGACUGUGGGGCUGUUCACUACUGAGGCUUCUGCAGCUAAACAAGGUUUUCCUAGAGGCUGUUGUACGAGUUAUUCCCAGGGGAGGAUAGACAUUCGUCUCAUCCUUGGCUUUUCCAUACAGACAGUGAAAGACGGGUGCAACAUUGAUGCUAUCAUUUUCCACACUGUCAGAGGGAGAUUCCCAUGUAUGGAUCCCACCAACGGCUGGGUUAUGAAAGCUGUUCGCAAGCUGAGGGAAAGAGCGGAACGAUUGAACAAGAAAAGGUCAUAGGAAUAGUGUUCAUCACAAGGGUACACAGGACGAAGAGUCUGUGCUGCUAUCUUCAUUGACGGAGGAGAAUGCAAACAUGCUGGAACCCUGCUAUCUCUAAGUUUAUCCAACUACCUGAAUUUUAUCAGACAUUUCUCUGUGCUGAAAAGUAUAAUAAAUGAAGGAUAUAAGCAACGCGGAGCACCUGGACACAGCCCUGAGCCAUGGUAUAUUGGCCACAUAUGACAAACCCCCGAGGAGCCUUAUUGCUAUUAUAAACUGGUUACCAACAUAAUUAGAGCAAUAAAAAAUAUAAUUUAUUGUCAUACCGAUAGUAUACGGUCUGACAUACUACAGUUGUCAGCCAAUCAGCAUUCAGGGCUGGAACCACCUAGUUUAUUAUUUUACAUAACCUAUUUGUAUAUGAAAUCAUCUGUGUUGGCAGAGUUUAAUGGUAUAAUCUUGUUGUAUGAGCAUCAGAAAUCACAUGUUUUAACCCUUUUAUUCAUAAAGGUCUUGUGUAUGAUCAGAUCAUUGAUCACAUCUGUUAUAUUUAACAGUUACUGUUACAUUUUAUCAAUAAUAAAUAAUGUAUAUUUUAC